GAUUCAAUGUGCAUUUCCUCCCAUGACCGCCACCACCACGCGUCUUCUCAACCUUCAAUUCAACGUUCGGUGGGACUCGUCGGUCACUCCCCCAGCCCGAGCCCAUCCUUUAUGAAGGGGAGCAGCCUGCCGCCGCCUCCGCCGCUCAAACGUGGAGGGAAGGACACGGAGAAGCGACGCCCGCCGCCGCCGCCUGCGCGCCUCUAUUGUUGGUCCGGGUGAAAAUUGACGGCUCCGUCGACACAUUCGGCGCUUUUCACUUCCGUGCUGGAGCCAGAGGGAUUCUCCAGUCUCCGGUCUCCAGUCUCCAGUCUCCGGUCUUCGGUCUCCGGUCUUCGGCGGCGGUUGAGAGGAAAUUGAAGUGAGAGAGGAACUGGCCAUUCAAGAACCCCUGGACCCCAUUAAGCGGCAGCAACAUCAGUGUCCACACCUUAGGAGGAGGGAAUGAAACCGGAUGGGGUUACCAUGGAAACCCCGGAGCCCACUGAAGCCGCAGCGAUAGCAGAGCCCUCCUUGUCGCAGGACAACGCAACGGAGCAGACGUCAUCUCAACCAGAGGAAACUGCAAAUGAUGCAGCUCCUGCGGCUGCUCCAAAGGCCAGUGGCAAGCCAGUGGCGGUAGACCCCAAAGUCAAACCAAAAGCUGUUACCAGUAAAACACAGCCCAAACCCAAAUCUGCAGGAGUUUCUGGAUCCAACUCACGGCCAGGUGCUGCUUCGCACCGCACGGUAAAUGACGUAAAAUCCUCUCACAGUGUUUCUGCAGCUGCGGCUAAGAAAACAGCAGCAACAACUGCAGCGAAAGCAGCAGCAGCAUCAGCAGCAGGAGCUGUACCUAAAAGACCAUUGGGUGCAGCAGUAGCAGUUUCCACCUCAGUCAAGAACCAAACUAGAGUGCCUGAAAAGAAGCCUGUUGGACCUCCCAGGACUACCUCUGUUGCUGCUGCCACAGUAACAAAUGGUACCAAAACAACAACAACAACAUCAACAGUGAAUGGCACUCCUAAGAAGAAACCAGUGGCUGAGACUGUUAAUCUUACAAGACCGAAAACCACAGCUACUGCCAGCAGACCAGCAGCAUCUACUGCCCCAAAACCCAGCACUUCGACUACAGCAAGUCGUGUUGCUGCUGCUUCAAGAACAAGGCCUGCGACAGCUCCCUCAACGGCUCGACCCGCAUCCACCACAUCCAGGCCCACCACAGCUACAACCAAGCCCUCCAUCACUGCAACGACUAAAACCACUGCUUCUAGACUUACCACAGCGCCAUCUACUGGCAGGAUCACAACAGCACCGCCUCCUAAAACUGCUGCUGCCAAGAAAGAUGUUGGUCGACCACCCUCUGCUGCAGUGGCUCAAAAGUCCACAACAGCUACAACAUCAGCUGCUUCCAAAAAACCUGAACCCUCUAAACCCACGGCCACUGCAAAGCUCAACUCUGCUACCAAAUGGUCUACAACAGCAAAGGCAACAGACUCCAAGGUGUCACAGUCCAAAACUCAAUCGCCCGCGAAACCUCCCACAAUUAAACCAGUAGCUCUUGUUCGGUUCCCUGCCCUUAACAAACCCCCCCUCGGCCGAACCCCACCUUCCUCUCCAGCCAGCAAACCUGCAAGUGGCAGCACCCCUCAGUCAAAACGUGGAACCAAACCCACACAGGCUGUCCCACCUUUCACUGCCACCAAGAAGACGGGGGCUUCAAAUAAAACCAGAGCUGCUUUACAAGCAGCCGGUACAGUGGUGGCAGCUGCCACAGUAUCGACUAUUCUCACAGAUACACAAGCAGAGGCUGCAGUGACCUUACCACAAGGAUCCUUCCCUGCUGCCUCUGCACCAGAGGAAGUCCCUCCCCCAGUCUUGGUACAGGAUACCCCACCAGAAGUGGUACCUCAAGACACUGUGCAAAGCCAUGCAGCUGCACCUUCUCCUCCACAAAGCCCUGUCAGGACCACCUUACCAGAAGCCUCUGCACCCCAAGAGCAGCUAGAAAGCAGUGCUCCCUUACUAACAACGCAGGAGCAGAUCCCUGCCCCGGCUGAGCCUACGUUACCCGUGGCCUCUCUUCUUGACCUAUGCGAAGAAUCUGUUUACUUGUUAACUCACCAAACGCCCUCCACAUCCAAAGCCUUCCCAGCACCAUCAAAUGCCAUCCCUCAGAUAGUUCCUCCUGCCAAUCUGAAUGAGGAGGAGGAUGAGGAGGAGAGGGAGGGAAGCCAGCUGGUUUCUGUGUCUGAAAUGAGUGGGACCACACAGCCUACAGAAGAGUCCCGUCCCGGUUCAGCUGGACCGGUGGCGGGGUCUGCUUGGAGAGCCGGUGGCGCCUUGCUCUCCGAGCUGGACUCUGAGGAUGUAAGCGGCAGCCAGCAGGGUGCGUCCGAGUUGAGCGCCCCAGGUGUCCUGGAGGGCACAGAGAGCAUGGACGAUCUGGGAGACGGAAGUCUCAAAGGAGCCAUUGACAUGGAAGGAGCCUCGGCAGGAUCCCCUGACUUUGAGAAGGUGCCCGACAUACCUGUCAAUGACUUUGACGAGGAUGACGAGGACGACGACUACGAUCGGGUGUGUGACAUGGAUGUGGGUUCAGAGCGGACAGAUGAAUUGCAGAGACCCAGGCAUGAUAAUGAUGUGAAUGAUGAGGAGCAGGAGGAGGAGGAUGAGGAUGAAGACGUGGACAUGGCCAGUGAGGGGGUGACAGAGAGUGGGCUGGAGAGCUAUGGGAAUGCAGAUGAAGAUGACUUUGAUGAGGAUGAAAGGCUGGACAACUUAAACAGAGUUGACCAGCUGCCUCCUCCCCCUCCCCUGCUGCCAUCUGCCCCCGCUGCUCAGUGGGACCAGCCAAACCCCUUUGCUGAUCCCUGGGCAGAACCUGUUAAGCCACAGCAGGUUCCGGAACACGUCCCCUCGGUCGGAGGAGAAGCUGCAGCAAGCCUAUUGGCAGACCCCUGGCAAGCAGACUCUGAGACCCCAACUCAGAACCCAGCCCAAGCCUGGCUAGAACUAGGCUCUGCUCCUUUUGUCAUUGAAAGCCAAGAUACUCCUCAUCAUUCAUCUGUCAAAGAUGAGCCUCAAAAUCUGGAGGCCCAGUUGCAUUUGGAUCAAUCCAGCCCAGCCUUGAUGCAGACCCUGGCCCCAGCUCCCCUCUCUGCCCCAGGGAUGUCUCUAUCAAGCACCGUGAGCAGUGACACCAGCACAACUGAAAAACUUGGUGACUACAAUCGAGAUGACAAGCUCCAGCCUCGAGACGUGCAAGCUCCACAGCUUUCUCCCCAGCUGGACCUGGGCAUACACUUGGACAGAGGAGAGGACGAAGGAGAGGAGGAAGAGGCCGAGGCAGAGACCCUGCCAGCAGAUGAAGUUCUGGGAGCCCCUGUAACUGCCCCCACUUCCAACCCCUCCUCAUCAUCAGUAACAGAAGACGAGGCCAGCGACACGGAGGGAGAAGCUCAACUGGAUGACUCCUUGGAGAGUCCAGCGCUCGGCCACAUCACCUUCGACAGCCAGCCCCCAGCGCAGCGCUGCCUGUCCACUGUGGAGGAGGGAGAGGAGCUGGAGAUGGCAGGUGGAGAUACCACCCCGCCUUCGGCCACUUCAUUGGCGUCUUAUGGCUUUGACACCAUGACCACAGCUUCAAAUUCGAACGCCCAGUCCACAGGGGAGAGCUGCAUCAAGAGCCCUGGCAUCUUCUCCCUGGAGGAGCUGCCCGAGGAGGCCAAGGAGCCUGGCCUAAUCCCACAGCCUCUCACCCAGCCGUGCCUCGCUGCUGCAGAGCAGCAGUACAUCGAGUGUGGGAAGCAGGAAGCAGAGUCAGCCGAGCUCGUCCUGGAGGAAGCGGCGGGGUCAGAGGAAGCCACAGACCCUUCGUCCACUUUGCCGAAACCAGAGGAACACCCAGAUGACAUCCAGCCUCCUUACUAUUCUGCUAUCUGUGAAAAGACUGAGAACUCUUUUGCAGGCUUCACUGCACUACCGCACCCUCACCGUCGCGAUCAAUCGGCGUACCCCAGAACCUACUGCGACCUCGUCAAACCUCUUGGCGGCGCCAUUGCCCCGCCAAAGCUGACCUGUGCCGACCUCCCUCCGAGGAGCCUCGGGCAGCAGGCGUUGAGCCCCCAGCUCCGCCGCCUGGAGCAACACCAGAGGCAGCUGCUGGAGCUGCAGCAUCGCAGGGAGCAGCAGAGCCGACCGCUGGAGGAGGCAGAGCAGGAGAGGAAGAGGAGGGAGGAAGAAGAGCAGAGGAAGAAGAAAGAGGAGGCAGAAGAAGAAAUAAAAAGGAAUAAGGAGGAGGAGGAGAGGAAAAUGAGAGAGGAGGAUUUGAGGAAGGACGAGGAGCUGAAGCAGAGGAGAGACCUCGAACUACAACUGCAGCAGCAGCAACAGGAGCUGAAGCAACGGCAGCAAAUCAUGCAGUGGCAGCAAGAGCUGCAAGAGUCUGAUAAAGGUCAGGCAGUUCUGUUGUCUCCCUCCUCCGGCCUCUGCACCAUCUAUGAAGCCCUGGAGAACAGUGAUGAGGAGGAGGCUGGUGACGAAGACCAGGGAGUAAAGGAGCUGAACCCAUCUAAAGAGAAGAAGGUGCCCAAUCAAGAGACGUCAAGUCAAGGGAUGGAUUGUGACAGUGUGAGGUCAGAUAAAGUGAUACAUCAAGAGUCUUUGCCCUCAACUGAGAACCCCCCUACUCCUCCUUCUCACACGGAUGCCCCUCACACAACAAGCAUCCCCUCCCAGGAUCGAGACUGCUUUUCCCCCUCCCCUCCCGAAUCUCCGGAGCGACCUCCCCCCCUGGACCUGGACUGGGGGAAAAAGGUGGACAUAGUCCAGCAGCUGAUCAAUCAGACCCUGCUGCUGAACGGAGAUGGCUGCUCCUCCUUGCUGCGGAUGCCAGGGGGUGCAGGAGGCACACUGAGCCCCCUUGAGAGCAGCCUGUGGCCCAGCCUGCUGCCCCCACUCACCCCUCCCUCUGCCACCGUCACCUCUGUCAGCAGUUUCUCCCCAGAGGCUACUGGGAGCUCCCCACAGGGAGAGUGGACGGUGGUAGAGCUGGAGACGCAUCACUGAGGAGCGUGAAAACACAACAACACUCACACAGGCAUGAUCACACACACGCACGCACAUUCAAAACUAUGAGAGACGUGCACAAACAAACCUCCCUAAUUGAAGCAAACAAAAAAAAAACACAAUUAAGCAAAUUAAUUGUUUUACUCGUGGAACAGAUGCACACACGGAAGUCGAUGUUUGAGCGAGGAAAAACAAAUACCAGAACAAAUAAUAUUAUCUGUCAAAGAAGUUAAACUUAAAUAUCCAUCGUAUUGUAAUGAAUGGUCACCGGUUGUUUUUAAGAUUUUUUAAAUUACAGAAAAGAAAGUACAAAAAAAGAUCAAUGAUAGGACCAUAAACCAGUGGUUGACAAGCCAAAAGAUAAAUCUGAGGUGGGUGCAGGAGGAUCAACAAGAUAAGAGCAGAAAAACAUUUAUGCAAUAUAUAUAAUUAUUUUUUUUCAUGCUCACCCUAUGAUCUUUGCUCCCCCCCCCCCCCUUUUAAACUACUGAAUUCUUCUACCUAUUGGGGCUUUUUAAAGGAAAUCGGAUGCAGCGAUCUGAGAAAGACGAAGUGGUCACAGCCUGUCGACAGGAAUUGUGAGACACGGUUUUCUAACUGUAUUGUAAAAACAAGCACAUUCAAACAUUCUAAUUAUUGGUGGUGCUAUAGGUGCUACAAGUUUGUGUGCAGUUUAUUGAUGCAAAAAAAAAAAUUUGAGUGACUUCACGGUCCGGGGUUAAGACUCUCCCCUCCCCUGAGGUUUGUAUCCAACCGCAACAAAGUAAAUGAUUAGUUUCUGGACUGUUGGAUACUGUCUUUAAGGCCGUUGUUAAUGUCAAGGAGACGCAAUUCAGUGAAGCAGGCCAACAUUAUAUUUUCUGCUGGUGCGUCUCAUUGAACCGACAUGAAGCUCUAGAUGCUGUUUUAAAGCUUUCUCUACAUUUAGGAACAAAAAGUGUUGAAUAUUUGGUCCCCUCCCCAACAUGUGCCUGAGAGUCUCUGCUCAGGGCGACAAAGUGUCUGACGCUGACAGUGAAGAAUCUGCGUCUCAUCUCUGCCACCGACAUUUGAGAAGACAUACUCAAAGCGACACCUCGCUGAAACUCUGCGCCUCCUCUUACCUCGCGCUGUCGAUAUCCCUUACCCCGGAAACACAAACAGACUCGUAUCAUAUUUCAACCCUUUAAAGCCACACACACCUGACACCAUGUGAUUAUUGGCAGAAUCCCAUGAUGCAUGCCAUCUGACUCAACUGGGUGUGACUGGACGCUUUUCUUUAUGCCAAAACUCUGUGCCAUGGUUGGACACACGCACCUUGACGGUGCCAAAUGACCAAAAGUAAUCAAAG